GUCAAGUUCAGAGCACCUGGAGGGUGUACUUCAAUGUCUUUUGACGAUAGAAUUGUUCACCACCGAUGCUCAGAACACCUGGUUCCAUCAACAAGAGAAUGGCCUGAGACAGAGAGGGCACACCAUUUGGCGCAUGGGGCUGCUCUGAAGUGGGCAUCAGGAAUGUUCUGUCAGCCAGCACAUUUAGAGCAUCUUGGUCAGUACAAAAAGCGGGAGAGUCAGCGAACAGCCUUUAUACACACCAGACUUAAGUCCAUGGUAGACUCGUAUAUAGAUGGAGUUGGCUGGGGUGUUGAGAAGCUCCAUGACGCCAGAGCUGAACUCCAUGAGGGCAUACUGCUUCUAAGGAAGGCUGAGCAGAACAGCAGCUGGAACACGGAUGUGGGACAGUCUUUAGUGAAACUGAGGGAGGUGUCUAUGAGGCAUUCUCAGCUCUUGGCAGCAGUUGACAACCUUCCCCGCCUCUACUCAGUGCAUAGUAUGGUAUUGGAGACGGAGCGCUUGGUGGAGUCUCGCAGGCUUCUGGAGGCUCAUGCCCGUUUGAUGGAACUGGAGCGCUGGCAGGAUGACAUCUUAUGGCAGCUCCGUUGGAAAAUCAGAAGUGCUGAGGAUGAAGAGCUGGUAGCUAAAUAUUUCUGCGGAGUAGGGCAGCUUGUGGAUGCCUUAGGUAGAGAGAUAUGGGCUGUGGUUAGCAGUGCUCUCACUUUAGCCCUACAGAACUCCACUCCAUUUGUGUCAGCAGUGAGGAUAGUGGAGAGAGAGGAGGCCUUGGACCAGGCCCUACUAAAGGAGAGGGGAAGGAUGGGUGGCCGUCCACUUCCUCCGGGCCGACCUCGCUCUUGGAGAGCCUGUUUCUUUGAGGUUUUGAAGGAAGCCGUUUCAGCACGCUUCCGUAAUGUUUCCUACCUCCACACCCGAGGUCCUGGUCUAGCUGGUCAUCUGUCUGCCCUCCAACAUGGCAUCAUGACUGAUAUAGCCACAGUGAGCCACUUGCUGGAACACUGUGUGCCAGAACACUACCGCUUAACAGCUGCUUACUUAAAGGCCAGUCAUCAUUGUUUGCAUGUUCAUCUGGCACAGGUAAUUAGUUGGGACCUGGAAAGUGGGGAGAUUUUUGCUGUGCUCUAUUGGGUGCUGCACACAUAUCCCAGCGUUGAGAUGAUGGGUCACCCUGAGCUCGCAUCUCUGACAAGUCACAACAGUUUGGGUGCACUCAUUUCUAAGGAAGGAAUGGAAGAGCUGCAGAACAAAUAUGUGAGCAGUGUGCGUACGAGUGUUUCUGAAUGGAUGCACAAAGCAUUACAGGUGGAACUACAAGACUGGCAGAGGGCGCAAGAGCCAGAGACGGAUCAUGAGGGGUUUUACCACACCAGUCUGCCAACAAUAAUAACCCAGAUGCUGGAGGAAAACUCCAGAGUUGCUCUGAUGAUCGGGUCUUCUUUACAAGAGCAGGUCAUUCAAAUGGGACUGCAUGAAAUUGAGGUCCUUCUAAACAGAUUUCGAGAGGCUUUAGUGGAAGUUGGAAAGGAACACCGAAGAGGCCAAAGCAAUAAGUUCUACCUUCAUUACAUACUGGCCUCCAUCAGCAAUUUCAUCAUUCUCAAAAAAUCUAUUGAGAAUUUUCAGCAGCAGCUGUCAUCACGAUCAGCAUGCCAGUUCAGCCGCACCCCUCCAAAUCCCCUCACGGCUCUGGAUCGCACAGUGAGGCGAGCCUGCUGCCUGGUCCUGGAGCAGCUCAAGCAUCACCUUCAGCCCUGGAUUGAAGUCAUGUUUACCCGUGACUGGCUACUCCAUGGAGAUCCUGGCCCCAAGCUGUGUGCAGCCCUGGAGGAACAUGUGAAACUCUAUCGACAUGUGCGUCCUCCCUGUGGACAGUGGCUCCAGGAAGAGGUGUGUUGGUUGCUGGUGGUGGAGUACAUCCGUAUUUUGCUGCAGAAAAGGCUGGUGUGUCACAACGCUGAGGACAGGAGACAGCUGGCUGAGCAGAUGCUUCAUGAUGAGCAGAACUUCAGAGAAAUCUUCCUUACACUGGAGGGGGAUGCUUCAAGCAAUCCUCUGGCCCUGAUUCCAGUCCUGGCUGAUUUCUUCCGACUCAAAGACCCUGGAUUGCUUGCCCUGGAUGUAUCUGGACUCACAGCGAAAUACCCUGAUAUUAGUGCGGACCACGUCUCUGUGCUGCUGGACAUUCGUGGAGACAUCUCACGAGAUGUCAGGACCACCUUGAGAGAUUUGCUGGAGCAGAGCGUCCAUCCUCUACCAGUGGGAUACAGGCCUAUAUUCACAGAUAUACUGGUACAACAGUCCAGCAGGACCUUUUGCCUGCCCACCACCAAGUGUGCUUGACUGUUCGCUUCACUUUUGUGUCAAGAUUAAAUUUACAAGUAAAUAAAAUAGAUAAAUAUGGGACAUUCCUACAUGGACUGUUUUAAACAGUUGGUGCAGGGAUAAUGGUAUUCUCCAGAGAUACACUGCCUGGCCAAAAAAAAAGUCACCAUGAAAAAAAAAAAAAGGUCACACACUCUAAUAUUUGGUUGGACCGCCUUUAGCUUUAAUUACAGCACGCAUUCACUGCGGUGUGGGGGAAGGGAGGUAACACAAAAGAAAUCCAAGAUGGUAAAAUGGUAAAAUAAGGUAAUUUAAUUAACAGGUGUGUAGGGGUGAACGAAACAAAAGGCAACUAAACAUACAUAAACAAAGGUACCUUGCAAGGAAUUAAACCAAAGUAAAUAAAGUAACUAAACACACAUUUUACAAUAACAAAACUGUGCUCACGGACAAACAGAGUCAGAACUGAUGAUCAAAGUGUCUCUAAACAAAAGCCACUACCCCCGGUAGUGACUGAACGAACGAAACGUUACACAAAGGCAUACUUGCCACUCAAGGCCAGCAGCCAUGAGCAGGUGUUCCCAAUCUCCUUAAAUGGGGAGGGAGGCGGCUGGAGGUGGGUGAGGCUGAAAACAGUUGUCCAAUCAUAGCCCAGGGAUCCAGUAGCCAGGUUCAAGGGGAAGAGAGCAUACCUGGGGUUGAGACUUGGGGAGAACACACACAGUAAACAAAAUACAAAAAUACAAACAAAAGAACGAACUGAAGGCCUAGGGCCGUAACACGCUGUGUCAUUAAUUUGAUAAGCUUCUGCAAUGUCACAAGAUUUAUUUUCAUCCAGUGCAUUCAUUUUUCACCGAGAUCUUGCAAUGAUGAUGGUAGAGUGUGACUGCUGCGCAAAGCCUUCUCCAGCACAUCCCAAAGAUUCUCAAUGGGGUUAAAGUCUGGACUCUGUGGUGGCCAAUCUAUGUGUGAAACUGAUGACUUAUGCUCCCUGAAUUUUGAGCCCGAUCAAUCCUGACAUUGUCAUUUCGGAAUAUGCCCAUGCCAUCAGGGAAGAAAAAAAUCCAUUGAUGGAAUAAUCUGGUCAUCCAGUAUAUUCAGGUCUGACCUCAUUCUUUGAGCUCGUAC